AUGGCAUCAAACCUGUAUCUCAUUUUGGUCCUCUGUGGACUCUGGAUUGGAGAAAAUGCAAAUGUAGCAGCAGAUUGCCAUGUGUGCCCACCUGGUUGGACUCAGUUUGAGCAUCAUUGUUACAUGUUCAACCACGAUGAAAAGGACUGGGCUGAUGCAGAGCGUGCCUGCACUCUCCACGGUGGGAAUCUUGCUUCACUCCCCAACACAAAAGUGUACAACUUCAUUAGAAAUAUCAUUCAUGCAUCAACUGGCAAACAUACAGUAACUUGGGUUGGAGGCUACGAUGCAGCAAAGAACGGUGUGUGGCUGUGGAGCGAUGGCAGCAAGUUUGACUUCAAAGGCUGGCAUAGCGGAGAGCCUAACAAUUCUGGUACUGGUGGAGAGAAUUGCAUGGAGAUCAACUUCAGAGAUCAAGAAUUUGUCAACGAUAUAAAUUGUGGCUCGAAGUUGUCUUUCAUGUGUGGUAAGAAGCUGUGAAGAUCCACGCCAUGUGCUGACACAGCUGAAGAUGUCACAUCCACCUUCUUGAAGAUAUACUGUACUGACAGUU